AUGGGUGAGAAGGCUGCUGUGAAUCGUCCGGUGAAUCCCCAGCAGCGGGAUGCCGACAUUGCCACAAAACUGCAACUAUAUGGCAUCUACAGUGCAUUUGCCAACGGAAAGCUACCAUCGAACAAACAAUGCGAUGUCGCCCUGAACAGUGCCAUUAAGUCGAAAUGGCUCUCGUCUCCCUCCAAGGAGCUGUCUGAAGAUGGCCAAAUCCUAGUCAAGGACCUCCGUGACGUCAUUGACAAGACCAAGUUGCUCUUCCUCACCAAGAACGAGGGCGAGCUUCUGCAGGAGUUCAUCUGGGAUGCCCAGCAGAUUACCGGUGAAGAAUUUCAAGGAAUCACCGGCCCUGUCAGCAAGGACUCUGCUCGUGGAGAUGCCGACCGUGCUGCUGAGGGUUUCAAGACUCUGGGCACGCUCUUGAUCACCAACGGAGAGUUCCGCAAGCUGUUGAGUGAUGCUGUCGUCCUUCUCCGCGAUAUUGCCGGCGACACCGCUAUGAAGGCUGCCUCCAAGCUCCGACCGGACGAGGAUGCCCUUGCUCAGAUCGACCAGCCCGCCGAAGCCAAUGUCUGGCAUGAAAAGCCCGACAUUAACAAGGAUUCAUUGAAAGCACAGUGGAGGGAACAGGCAGACCGCUUCAAGCCUGGUAGCAAGCAAGAUGUUCAGGAAGCCGCUCAGGCCGCUACCACCUCAGCGACUGGCGGUCGACAGGAUGCUCCAAUCUCCCAGAUCGAUGCCCGUGCUGGUGCCGCUACUGCGAAGGAAACUCUGCAACAGCGUGCACAGCAAAAUGUUGCGCCUGAGGACCGCGAGCAGGCUCAACAAGUCUCCGAACAAGCACAAGCUGUGUCUUCCGAAUAUAGCCAGCGUACCAAGGAUUUCUUGGCCUCCAAGAUGCCCCAAGAACGUCGCGAGCAGGUCGUUUGGCGUUUGAAGAAGAUGAUUGUUGAGAUUCAGGGUCACUCUGACUAUCAACAAGCCAUUGAGACUCUCUUGAGUUUGGCCGAGACAUAUGCUGGACAUGGAAGAAAUGUCUCUACCCAGGGAACGACCGCCACUAAAGGUGCCAGAGAAAAUACUAUACUGCGUAAGGCUGAAACUAACUUGAGGACUUUAAUCGAGCGAUUUGCCAACAGCACAUCGACCGAUGAUUUCUUCGAUUCGCUCAACACGAUCUACCGCGAUGCAGACCAGGACCCACGUUUGAAGGACUGGUUCAGGAAUGUUGAUACUUAUACUCGGAAAUGUCUUCGCGAGCAAGGAUUCAUUAUGCAAGAUGAGGCUAACAACCAGUGGAACAAGCUGUACGAUGAAGGUCGUUUCUUGCUUCGAGACCGCUACCGAAACCACACAGACCGUAUCGCCGAUGAAGCGAAGUUUUUGGCCACUCAGUUUGAAGAAGAUCCUCAGAACAGAGCUUUCCGUCUGUCUUUGGAGAAACUUUUCAAGGAUCUUGGCCAGGAUCAGUACGGCAAGCCCACAUUCAAGCCUCAUUUGAUCAAGGAUAUCACCAAUGUGAUUCUUCCUGAGAUAUUUGAGAAUGCCAGCUACAUUCCUAUUCCUCGCAUUGAGGUGUCUGACCCAGCUGUUGACAUGGUCAUUGAAAACCUUAUCAUCGAGAGUGACAACUUGAUGCCUAAUGUCGUCGAGCUUGGUACUGACAACUACUGGCGUUGGGGCCGUAAGAAGAUCAGCAACAUUGAUGAUCACAAGAUCAUGAUCUCUGCUUCCGGCAUCCAAGCUGAUCUCCGUGAUGUGAGCUACUAUCUGAAGAAGAAGCAAGGCUUCCCGUCUCUCACCGACACCGGUGUUAUGGACAUUCUCCUUGGUGGUACCGGUUUCGGCUUCAAGAUUGCUGCUUCCAAGGCACAGAAGAACGACCGCAACGCAGUCUUCAAGCUUGAUAGUGUCAAGGUCAAUGUGAAAAACCUUAGCAUUAAAUUGAAGAAGUCCAAGCACAAGGUGCUUUUCAGCAUCUUCCGACCCAUGCUUUUGAAUGUUGUCCGCCCCGCUCUUGAGAAGGUGUUGGAAAGCCAGAUUCGUGAGGCAUUCGAAAAGGCAGAUGCAUUUGCCUACCAGGUGCAAACCGAGGCCCAGCGUGCUCAGGAGGCUGUUCGUGAAGAUCCCGAGAACGCAAAGAACAUCUUCGCUCGCUAUGCCGAUGCUACUCGCCAAGUCAUUACCGAGAAGAAGAAGCAGGCCGAAGCCAUUGCUCAGCGUGGUACCAGGGUUCAGGUGGCCAUGACUCACCAGGAUGCUAUGUUCAAGGACAUCAAGCUCCCUGGUAGUGUUACUACCAAGGCUACCGAGUACAAGGAGCUUGCUGCUAAGGGUGACCGCUGGCAAUCACCAGUCUUCAACUGGGGUGCUGCUUCACCUACUAGCAACUUGCCCAAGCCUGCUGCUGUAUCUCGCAAGCCUCAUACCACCGCCGAAAGCCGUCUCCAGGAGCACCCACGGACUGAUGGAGUUGAUGGACUUGGAGCCGAUGGAGUCAAUGCAGGUGCACUCAACGGGUUCCAUGGCGUCUCAACCACCGGAGCCGCAGCCAGCGGAUCCAGCGGACAGGGACUGUCGCCGAUCAACGGCGUAACCAACCAAUCUGCUAACAACGGUGCUUUCAAGAAGGAAGUAGACCGUGCCUUUGACGGCCCCGCCACCGUUCAAUCGACUCUAGGUGGCGUGUAA